UUCCGCCCUCGUUCCAUGUCCCGCAACUAGUACUCGCGCUGGCCGCCUUUCCCAGUCUCCUGGCCAGUUUGACACUUCAACUCGAUGUGCACGGCUCCGGCCAGCCUGUGUGUACUGCUCUUUCUUCUCUUACCUCUUGCUGUCGCUCUUCCUGUCCAGGUCGUGAACAACUGGGUUGUCUCUCACGCGAAGCAAGUUGCACGGAGGGGUCUAAGUGUGCCCCUCCAGAGACGGGAGGUUGGCAGACGCGGUCAUGUCGAGACAUUCCUUGCUGGGACCAUCGGUGUCGGAGACGUCGGCGAUACGUUCUAUACUGUCGCCAUCAAUGUGGGCAAUACGACGACCGCCGUCAACCUCGACACCGGAUCUAGCGAUCUGUGGAUCAUGUCUGAUACUUGUCAGACACCUGUCUGCCAGAAAUCGACGGCACACGCGUAUCCGACAGAGUCCAUGCAGCUGACGGGAGCAACCGUCAACCUGACGUAUGGCGAUUCGACCACGGGAACCUUCGCCUCAGGACCUAUCGUCAUGGACGAGGUAACGCUCGCUGGUCUGUCCAUGCCAAUGCAACCACUCGCUGCGAUCAGCAACACGAAUAACAUGGCUGUCCUGAAUGGUGGUGCUGGGAUUGUUGGUUUGGGUUUCCCAAGUCAAAGUUCUAUACAAAGUCAGGUUGUCAAUGCAAAGUUCGGACGCUCCGUCACUGCCAACGAGUUUGUCUCGCACAUGAGUUCUCUCGGUCCUCUUGUCUCGCGUAUGGUAGCAGAUGGCAUGGUAGAACAGCCUCUGUUCUCGGUCACCUUGCAACGAGACACGAUCGAUGUCAGUGGGACCGGACAGCUAACCAUCGGAGAACUACCCGACGGCAUAGACAACUCUUCGUUGACCUGGGUCCCCGUUCGCCUCUACUCGACUGCUGACGGUGGUCUCCAAGCUCCGUCAUUCGCAUCCAACGAGACAUAUCCUCUUCGGUGGGAGGUGCCCAUCGGCAACGUCUACCUCGACGGGAAACCUCUUGCGAACUCUACGGUCAAGCCUAACGGAGUGACAACAUCUUUUGUCGACGCACUUAUUGAUACAGGCAACUCCCUCAUCCGCGGCCCCAGCGACGUCGUCAACAGCAUCCUCCGCAGCGUCUCUCCCGCCUUCGCCCGCAGCGCUAACGCCAAACCGAUGCUCUCCUGCAACACCUCGCACACACUCGCGUUCGAGAUCGGCGGCCAGCUCUUCUCCGUCGACCCGCGCGACUUCCUCUCCCAGAGCCCCGGCGGCAACGCGACCCAGUGCAUCGCGAGCAGUGUCACGGCCACCGACCCGCCGGGCUUCGGCUCGCUCUUCAGGUGGAGCCUCGGCGACCCGUUCCUCAAGUCGAACCUCGUCGCGUUCUAUUACGGGAACCUGACUAACCCGUCUGUGGACCCGCCCCGUAUCGGGUUUCUUUCUAUGGUGCCGAGCAAUGCGAGUGCGCUGCUGACGCAAGCAGUGACUGAGGCGUUGAAGGACGGUGGCAAGUUUGAAGGAACCUCCAUGGCUGCGCCCACGUCGAGUACGGUGGAGUCGUUCGGGGUUAUUACUACUUCCACUUCAGCGGCGCCCACCUCCACUACGACCGCGGUCGAUAAGUCGUCGAGCGGAAAGGGUUCAUCAGCGGCAAUGACGCUCUCCCGUUCACUUCCCGCUCUCUUAAUUCCUGUACUAUUAGUGUCAUUGGUGUCAUCCUGGUCAAUAUGAGGAAUAUUGGUAUUAUUAAAUUGGUGCAUUGAGCAUACGAUGUCAGUACUAGACCUACAGCUAGGCCGCAAACUCUACGGAGCUACGUACAGGGGCACGCAGCCCAGUGUCAA